AUGGCGCCCCGCGGCGGGGCCGAGCCCCGGGGCUCUCCAGCUCCAUUUUCUCCGCCCGCUGCCACUCAGAGCCGCGGCCGGGGGAGGGAGGUGCUCCGUGAGGCGGGCUGGCGGCCAUGGAGCAGGAGCGGGAGCGGGAGGGGAACGGGGAGGUGGUGUCUUCCUUAUGCCACAAGACCUCAUCUUUGGAGCGGACGGAGGAGGAAGGUGAGGAGGAAGAGGAAGAGGACGACUUGGACAUCUUUGGGGGUUACGACAGCUUCCGGAGCUACAACAGCAGCGUGGGCAGCGACAGCAGCUCCUGCCUGGAUGAGUCCAGCGAUGAUGAGGUGGUGGACCGGGAGGCUGGAGAGCUGCCGACCUCCCCUGUGCACCAGCCACACGCGGGGCGGAUCACAGAGGGCAGCGGCUCUGAGCCAGCUGUGUGCGAGAUGUGUGGCAUUGUGGGAACCAGGGAGGCUUUCUUCUCCAAGACCAAACGUUUCUGCAGUGUCUCCUGCUCCAGAAGCUACUCCUCGAACUCCAAGAAGGCCAGCAUCCUGGCCAGGCUGCAGGGGAAACCGCCAACAAAGAAAGCGAAAGUCCUGCACAAGGCAGCCUGGUCGGCCAAGAUCGGGGCCUUCCUCCAUUCGCAGGGCACGGGGCAGCUGGCAGAUGGGACACUGACGGGCCAGGAUGCACUUGUCCUGGGCUUUGACUGGGGAAAGUACCUGCAGGAGCACGGCUUCAAGGCAGCUCCAGUCAGCUGCUUCAAACACGUGCCGCUCUUCGAUCAGUGGGAUGAUGUGGUGAAAGGAAUGAAGGUGGAAGUGCUGAACAGCGACGCCGUGCUCCCCAGCCGAGUGUACUGGAUCGCGUCCGUCAUCCAGACCGUAGGGUACAGGGCCCUCCUGCGGUACGAGGGCUUUGAGAACGACGCCGGCCAUGACUUCUGGUGCAAUUUGGGCACGGUGGAUAUUCAUCCCAUCGGCUGGUGUGCCAUCAACAGCAAAAUCCUGGUACCACCACAAAGUAUUCAUGCCAAGUACACUGACUGGAGAAGCUACCUCAUGAAGAAGCUGGUGGGAGCCAGGACCAUCCCAGUGGAUUUCCACAUCAAGAUGGCGGAGAGCAUGAAGUACCCGUUCCGGCAGGGCAUGAGGGUGGAGGUGGUGGACAAGAACCAUGUGUCCCGGACGCGCAUGGCGGUGGUGGACACGGUCAUCGGGGGCCGGCUGCGACUCCUCUACGAGGACGGGGACAGCGACGAUGACUUCUGGUGCCACAUGUGGAGCCCCCUCAUCCAUCCUGUGGGCUGGUCACGGCGAGUGGGCCACAGCAUGAAGAAAAUAGAAGAAAAGCGCAGUGACAUGGCAAACCAUCCCACCUUCCGGAAGAUUUACUGUGAUGCUGUCCCGUACCUGUUUAAAAAGGUACGGGCUGUCUAUGCCGAAGGCGGAUGGUUUGAAGAAGGCAUGAAACUGGAAGCCAUCGACCCUCUGAAUUUGGGCAACAUUUGUGUGGCCACGGUUUGCAAGGUCCUCUUGGAUGGAUAUCUCAUGAUCAGCAUUGACGGAGCCACAUCUGACGACGGCUCGGACUGGUUCUGCUAUCACGCUUCCUCCCACGCCAUCUUCCCUGUCAACUUCUGUCAGAAGAACAGCAUCGAUCUGACCCCUCCGAAAGGGCAAGAUGCAAAGACCUUCAACUGGGAAACUUACCUGGAAAAGACUAAAUCAAGACCUGUUCCAGCACGGCUCUUCAACACAGACUGCCCAAACCAUGGCUUCAAGGCAGGCAUGAAGGUGGAAGCGGUGGACCUGAUGGAGCCGCGGCUCAUCUGCGUGGCCACGGUGAAGCGCGUCGUGCACCGCCUGCUCAGCAUCCACUUCGACGGCUGGGACAGCGAGUACGACCAGUGGGUGGACUGCGAGUCUCCAGACAUCUAUCCCGUGGGGUGGUGCGAGCUGACGGGCUACCAGCUCCAACCCCCCGUCGUUCCAGAGCCCACAGCUCCAGCGAAGGCCAAGGAGGUGCCCAAGAAGAGGAAGAAACCCUAUGGAAAGAAGAGAAAAAAGUUACCUGCUAAAACCCGCCCAAUCAAGCAGACCGUCAAGAAGCCUUCUGUCUCGAGGACGAAACGAGAAGCAAAAGCUGCCAUCAAGGUUUUGACAGAGCCACCACCCGAUGAGAUCAUUGCCGUGCAGGUGAAAGAAGAAACCAUUGACCCCUCGCUGCCGGAGUUUGAAGCCACUGAGCUUCCCGUUCCCAUCAGCAGCAUAAAGGAAGAGGUGACGGACUGAUCCUGGGGUAUCCCGCAGCAGCCUGUGCUUCAUCUCGUGGCUCUUUGGGGAAGGCAAAGGGAAGCAGAAGACCGAAAGGGCCUUCCCUUUUUGAGGCAGCAUCACAACUCUGCUUCUUUGUUGUGCAAGCAGAUCGCCCCCAGACUUGGAACUAAGCCCUAGGAUGUGGACUCCAGAAGAGCCACAGGCUCGCUGAGGGGCGUGACUGGGGGGCUGCUGGGGUUGUGUGUGCCCGGCACCAGAGGCACCUCUCUGAGCAGAAGCCCCUGACGGGAAAGAGGCUGCCAGAGCACGAAGGGGCAGUCUGGGUUCUUGGCCGUGGCUGGAGGAGGUGACCUGUAGUCCGAGAUGGUGUGUGCAGGUCGCGUGCAUCAGGGAGUCGGCUGCUCUCGUAGGAUAUCUGUGCUGUGCUCCCUGGCCUUGGCCGUACAACCUCUGAGAAAGUCAGGACAGGAAGAGUGGAAAGAGGUGCGAAGUUGGAAAGGGAUGAUGAUGCCUCUAGAGGAAGCAAGAGAACUUUGUGUGUCAUCGUUUCCUCCUUUUGAACCCAGAACUGCGGAUUAUGUGGUGCACAGUUUGAAAUUUUUAUUUUUUAAUACUCGUACUGUAAAUUUGAGCAAUGACCUGUGAAAUAAACUAAGGAAGAAGUCA